GAUUUCUGUUAUUGUCCGCAUAAAUUUGCUGUUACGUUUGUCGUUGCAACAUGCGUUUAAUAUCACAAAUUCGAAGAGCUUCGACACAGGCCACCACACGCCGCCGAGUUGUCAUCACUGGAAGCGGUGCCGUCACACCGCUGGCCAACAAUGUUGCCGAGUCGUGGCAACGUUUAUUGGCGGGAGAAUCGGCGAUUUCUCGGCUCGGAGCUGAGUUUAAGGGACUGCCAUGUCAAGUGGCCGCACAAAUACCAAGGGAACGCUUGCAGCUGGACAAACAUCUGAGCAAGAGCGACCUAAAGCUAAUGAGUCCUGCCACACAAUUCGCAAUCCUUGCAGCGGACGAAGCACUGGCAGCGGCAAAACUCCAGCCAAGUGAGAUGACCGUUGAGCAGCGGGAAAGGUUCGGUGUGUGCGUCGGUAUGGGCAUGUUCGAUCUGUCCGAGGUCUAUGGCGCUUAUGAGCAACUCCAGCGUGGAUACAAUCGAGUCAGUCCGUAUUUCGUGCCGAGACUGUUGCCCAACAUGGCAUGUGGUCACAUUAGCAUGCGCCAUGGCUUGCGGGGACCCAAUCAUUCCGUGUCAACAGCUUGCGCAACCGGUGCUCAUGCCAUUGGGGAUGCUCUGCGUUUUAUACGCUACGGCGACGCCGACGUCAUGUUAGCCGGCAGUGGAGAGGCUUGCAUAGAUCCCCUAUCGAUUGCCGGCUUUUGUAGAUUACGCGCACUUAGUACCGCUUUCAAUGAUAACCCGACGGCAGCCUCGCGACCUUUUGAUAAAGCACGCGAUGGCUUUGUGAUGGGUGAGGGCUCCGCUGUGUUGCUGCUGGAGGAGCUGGAGCAUGCACGAGCCCGUGGAGCACCCAUAUUGGCUGAGCUGCUGGGUUACGGUCUAUCCGGUGAUGCACAUCACAUCACCUCACCCAGCGAUGAUGGAGCCGGUGCCACUUUGGCUAUGCGUCGCGCCAUUGCUGAUGCAGGCUUAACACCACAGGACAUUAGCUAUGUCAAUGCCCAUGCCACAUCAACGCCCACCGGAGAUCGCAUUGAGGCGCAUGCCAUUGGACGCGUCUUUGGCGAUCAUAAAUCAAACGUGUUUGUGUCCUCUACAAAGGGUGCACAUGGUCAUCUGCUUGGCUCCUCUGGCAAUCUGGAAGCUCUCUUUGUCGUCCACGCCUGUGCGGAAAACAAAUUACCACCUUCCAUAAACGUUGACAAUUUGGAUGUGGAUGUCAAUGUGGUGAGAAACACCUGCAAAUGGUCUGAGGAUCACAAUCGACGCAUUGCCCUUAAAAAUUCUUUUGGCUUUGGUGGAACCAACGCCUCUCUCUGUAUUUCCAGCUACACUGAAGAGUAGACAUGAAAUAUAGAUAUUUUGUAAAAUUGUUAUAGUUGUGUGUGAAUAAAAACUUUGUUAUACUUUAAA